AUGUCCUCGGAUUUGGAAAGUGCACACUCGAAUAGUCAGCAUGACACUCUUGACCACCAGGAUGUUUUCAAUGGGGCAGACGCGUCCGACGAUGGGGAUCUGUUUGGAGACGACGACGACGAACCUGAGACGGCCAACGAGGUGAAUAGGAAACUGGACGACUCCGAACUCGACUCCGGCGACGAUGAAGGGCGAAACGAUCGGAUUGCAGAAACAGUCGAGGGCGGCGAGGACUCACCCCGGGAGGAAAAGUCUCUGAAGCUGAUGAAUAUUGAUAUGUCACGAGUUAAGCCGCCCCAGGGAGAAGAGCUGUACCUUUUGAACGUGCCAGAAUUCUUGGGUGUCAAACACAAGAACUUCAACCCCGCAACCUACGACCCUCCAGAGAGGCCUCACGAUGGAAGGGAUCCGGGUGCCGACUCUACCACCAAGUUUUCCCCCUUCUCUACCGCAGCCAGCACCGUCUUCUGGCGGCGAGACCCAAAAAAUCCGAACCUUCUUCAAUCAAACUCACGCCUUGUACGCUGGUCGGAUGGUAGCAUGACCCUCCAAAUCGCCUCCAGUCCGAAAGACCACUACCGCAUCUCCACCACAGCUUUGAGACAGGGCUGGCCUAAGAAGCCUGGCUCGUCUCAAGCAGACUACGACCCGAACAAAGAUACCCACAAUUAUCUCGCAGCUCCUCAAGCCGCCGUGGGCGUGGACAUUCAGAUCAUUGCACCUUUCGAUGCGUCCAUGAAGGUACAACCAACCGGCGACAUUGCCGAUGAGUCGGUCCUGAAGCUCCAGCAGUCGCUUGCCGCAGCGACACAGAUGCAUGAUCCUCUUUCCAGCUUCAAAAUCAUCAACAAAGACCCCGAGAAGCGCAAGAAGGAGGCCGAAGAGUUUGAGAAACAAAAAGCGCGCAACGCUCGCAAGGUCGAGAACGCGCAGGACAGACUCCUCCUCCGCAAAGACCGUGUGCUACACCGUUCCGGCCUCGGCCGAAGUGGUGGGUUGAGCAUCCAGGGGCUGGAAGACGACGAAGGCAUGCCCAUGGCCCGCGGCACAAAGAGCCAAGCACGACGCCGCAAAACGAACCGUCGCGGGGAGAUUUAUUCGGACGACGAGGACGAAGACUACCCGCGUGGCCGUGGACGACAGGACGAGUACGAUCGCGAGGACGACUUUCUUGCCGCGAGCGACGAAGAGCCCGAGGUGUACGAUGACGAAGGUGGGGGCGAAGAAGUCGACGCAGAAGACGAGGACGACCCGGACGUUGACGACCUGGAGAUUGAAGGGAGAGAAACUCUGAUGGAAGGACGGACCCGAGGAGGCAAUCGAGAUCGAGACCGGCACAGGAGUUCGACGCCAAAGCGCGUCGCGCAAGACGACGACCACGACGAUGGGGACGCCCCUGCCGAUGAGCCCAGAGGAAGCCCUCAAGCGAGGAAGAAGAGGCGGGUUAUCGAUGAUGACGAGGACGACGAAUGA